CUGAUGGAGAAGCUGAGGAAGCCAUGUGGACCGACUGUCCUAGCAAUGUGCUCACGAAGCCCUUCCUCCCCCAGCUUGCUUCCCAGAGCCCUGCCUUGUCUCAAAGAGAAGAGAACGAUGACCAAGUUACAGGAGGCAGUGACGUUCAGGGAUGUGGCUGUGGUCUUCAGUAAGGAGGAGAUGGGGCUGCUGGACGCUGCCCAGAGAACGCUGUACCACGAUGUGAUGCUGGAGAACCUCAGGAACCUCCUGGCAGUGGUUCUUUCAGGAGGCCAGAGUCCAAGUACAAUGAAGACAGUCGACGCACCAGGAGUAAGGUGCCUUUCACUGGGGAAGCUUCCAUGUUGGCACAUGACAGGCCAUGAUGCCAACAACCUGGCCAGAGCUCCAGAAGACGUAAUAAACACUCAAGAACAGGGUUCUCACUUACCGAAGCGAAUCCACUCCCCCUGCCGUGGGGGAGCGGAAGAGCCUUCUCAGGUCUCUGAGGAUGAUGACUCUGUUGAGAGUCUCACAAGCAACCAUUCCAGCCUUAGUGAAAAUCAGGAAUUUCUGUCUGGGAGAGCUCAGAGUUCUUCGAGUGAAACACAUCUCAGUGAGAGACAUGACCUUGGGAAACACUGUCCUCAGACCCCGGUGAAAACCAAGCCACAGCCGUUGGCUCUGGGUGUUGACAUUCUGAGUUUCAUUUCCCAUCAGGAUAACAAUACACUGCAUGAAAGAGACAAAGUCCACAGCAGCGGUGACUGUGACGAAGUCAUCUGUCCCCUGUCACAACUCACCCAGGAUUGUGAUUGCACAGAACGGAAGGCCUACCAGUGCAGCCAGGGCCAAGAAGCCUUCAAUGACAGCCCUAGUCUGGAACUCCAUCAACAGACCCCCUUAGGAAAGAAGUCUUCUGUACUUAGUACUCACAGGGACAGCAGGCGUAGCUCCAGUGUCCCCAUUCAACAAAGCAUUCAUCCAGGAAAAAAACGCUACUGGUGUCAAGAGUGUGGCAAAGGUUUCAGUCACAGCUCAACCUUACAGACUCACCAGAGAGUGCACACGGGGGAGAAGCCCUACUGCUGCGACAGCUGUGGGAAGGCCUUCAGCCGCAGCUCAGAUCUCAACAUCCACCGCCGUGUGCACACCGGGGAGAGACCUUACAAGUGUGAGGUAUGUGGGAAGGGCUUCACGCAGUGGGCACACCUCCAGGCCCACGAGAGAAUUCACACAGGAGAGAAGCCAUAUAAGUGUGGAGACUGUGGCAAACGCUUCAGCUGUAGCUCGAACCUUCACACCCACCAGAGGGUCCACACGGAGGAGAAACCGUAUAAGUGUGACAAGUGUGGGAAGCGCUUCAGCUUAAGUGGCAACCUAGACAUCCAUCAGCGGGUCCACACGGGAGAGAAGCCGUAUAAAUGUGAAGAGUGCGGGAAGGGUUUCAGUUCAGCCUCAAGCUUCCGAGGCCACCAGAGGGUCCAUACAGGAGAGAAGCCAUUUGUCUGUAAUGUGUGUGGAAAGACCUUCAGUCGGAGUUCACAUUUUCUAGAUCACCAAAGAGUUCACACUGGGGAGAAACCAUACAGGUGUGUUGUGUGUGGGAAGCGCUUCCCCUGGAGCUUGAGCCUACACAGUCACCAGAGCGUCCACACAGGAGAGAAACCGUAUAAAUGUGAGGAGUGUGGGAAAGGCUUCAGUCAUGCCUCGAGUCUGCAGGCUCAUCAGAGUGUCCACACUGGCGAGAAGCCGUUCAAAUGCAAUGUUUGCCAGAAGCAGUUCAGCAAGGCCUCAAACCUCCAGGCCCACCAGAGAGUGCACACUGGGGAGAAGCCCUACAAAUGCGACACGUGUGGGAAGGCCUUCAGCCAGAAGUCCAGUCUCCAAGUUCAUCGGAGAAUUCACACUGGGGAGAAGCCAUUCAAGUGUGAGGAGUGUGGGAAGGGAUUCAGCUGGAGUGCGGGGCUUACUGCUCACCAGAGCGUCCACACGGGAGAGAAACCCUACACGUGUCAGCAGUGUGGGAAGGGCUUCAGUCAGGCCUCCUAUUUCCACACGCACCAGAGGGUCCACACCGGACAGAGACGCUAAAGUUGCAGCAUCUGCUGUAAGAGCUUCAGUCAGAGAUCACAUCUUGUCUUCCUCUUCCACCAGAGGGUCCACGUGCAGGGAACCUUUAGUUUCUGCCGUCAGGCGGACUCUGUGCUGCUGAUGCUUAAAAGCCCCCAACACACAGAGGCUUCAGGAGACUCCAUAGGGGCUUCAUUUGGCCUAUUUUGCCCUCAACUUAUUAUCCUACUGUACUCAUUAUGCAAAGGGAAGAUAGUGUUUUAGAAAGGAUCUUCUUAGCGUACAAAUAAAGAAAAGAAUCAAAAAACGUA